UGUACGAGUUUCAAACAAAAUCGGAAGUGGAAACUCUAAAGGAGCCAAAUUUGCGACAAUAAUAGUGGUUUUGACGUCACUAUCAAUAGGAGUCAUUCUCUUCUUUGUCUUUCUGUUUCUAAGAGGAAGGGUUUCGUACAUUUUCACAACAAGUGAAGUUUUUGCCGCACAAGUUGCCGAUCUUUCUCCAAUCUUAGCCUUUUCCAUCCUCUUAAACAGUGUUCAACCUGUUCUCUCUG